AUGAAAUUUUCUGAAAUUCCUACUAUAUUUAUACUAUUAUUUUUUAUUCCCACUAUUCUCGCCGCCCCCGACUUGCCAAACCACGAAGACGUCGAUCAUAUUGAGGAGAUUGAGGUGGAGCAGACGCAAGUGAUAAUUACUACCACUAAGCAUGGACCCGUCGAACAUCUCAAAAUCCAUAUAGAACUUGUGGACAUCGAGGCGAACAAAAAAGUGAAUCCAGUGGAUUUAGCAGGGCUAUGGCUAACGAUAACAAGAGGCCGCUACACGAUCCCCUUCCUCCGUCCGGACACCUGGUACGGUAUCCGUUUUCGAAGUGAAAAUUUGAUCAACGGUCAUACGGUAGCGCACGAGGAGGAGCGACUGAUUAAGACGAAGCCACGCGAGGAAUCGAAUAAUUUGGCGGCCGUUUUGAUGGGCGGUACGGUACCUGGGAUACCACCGACGUUGGGGGUCCAUAAUGUUGGCCUAGGACACCCCGAUGGUCUAGGAACCUCCAGUGGAAUUCUAGGCCAUCAAGGAUCCGUUGGACCGUAUCCGACCGCGUCUGGACCGUUUGGCGGUCUAAACUCAAAUUUUGGGCUUCCAGGGCCUAAUUUAGGCCCCCAAACCCAAGUUUUUGGGUCCCAACCGCCGCCGACCACUUCUUCUCGCCCCACCCACCCCCCUUCCCAUCAAACCAACGCGAUCAACGUGAAAAUGCACCGUAGUCUCGAUGGUGUCGAAAAUUUCGAAAGUUUAUAUGUCACAGUCGGUUGGCGGGACGAUGAACAAGAGCGUAGAUCAAAUUUGACCACUGGCGUCGUCAAACUACGUGUGAUAUGUGAUACGUCGGAGACGAAGGAGGAGAUCAAGUUGAAAGGGGAUGAGGACUCGGUUACUAUAGAGAUUACGAUGGACCAAAAAUACGAUAUCGAGGAGAUGGACUCCGAGAAGCAUCAAAUCAAAGCCCAUAUUUCUCCGUUAAAAUGUCAUAAAAUCUGCUGGACGACAGACUUGGUGCUCUCCUCGGGCUUCGGCGACUUCACGAAGCAUCUCGGCUCCGAGUGCAAAGAAAUUUCCGGAACGACGAGUACGACAUUCCUUCGAAAUGUGAAAAAAGUUUCGGUCGUCGAAAAUAACCUAUCGGAAAACGAGUUGGUGGUGGAGACGGAGGUGUUGGAGUCGGAUGUCGGUGUGGUCACUUUGAUUCUUCAAAAAUUGGGCGGAAAUGAGACGGAGGAGCCCGUGAAAAAAACCUUUGACACCACCACAUCAAACGGUCGAUUUGUGGUGUCUGUCGAGGAUGAUGCAAUCUACGCUGUGAUCUACGAUUACGUCAAGACAAAACCCUUUCAUUACACCUCGAAAGCCCAUUUUUUGGUGGAAUCUCCUGCAGUCAACUCGACAAAACCGUCACAUCCAUUGGUGGAUGUGUCUGUGAUACCGACGACGUUUAAUUACAAACAUGAUAAACCUGAGACGGUGUUGAAACCCGAGCCGCCUUUCCUCUUGAUCCGUCGAUCCCACCAAUACCCUCAUAACGAUCUUCUUGUAAAAAUUGAGCCGUUUUGCAACGAAACGGAAAUAAAAUUCCGUCUGGAAGACCGAUAUCCCCAACACCAAAUUGACGCCGUCCCAUUCCUGUGUGGACUGAAUCCCAAAAUGUAUUUUUGUGACAAAAAUGUGACGAAUUGGCAGAAAUGUGACUCGACACUCUGUUUCUCGACGUCGGUGUUGAUUGGGUUGGACUCUUUUGAGGCUGAUAGCCGAUGCCUCAACGUGACCCAACACUUCCCACCGCUCAUUUCCCAUUCUCCGAACCGCCUGUUAUUCGUCUGCGUCUCUCUGCUAGCCGUACUCUCUCGUCUCUCUCACUGA